GUUCGGAACAAUUAGAAUCUCUGCAACGCGAUUGUUGUACCCGCUCUGGUCCCCUCCACCAAAUGCAACCCGAAAUCGACGUCGAAGCUGGUCAGCUAUAUCCUGCGGAAGUUCGAUGGGCUGCCAAAUACGAAUGGCUGCUUAGCUGUGGCUACAGGCUCCGGGAUCGCUACAAACCAGACUGGGUACCUUCGUGGAGGGGCAAGGGCGAUGAUGUGGUAUCUUGGGAGCAGGAAGAUGCUCACCCAUUUCAGGACAGUCGCGUCGCGGACGCCGUUCGUGUGUCUGACAACACGCCGGUUGCUCUCAAAAGGAUAUAUCCUGACAAGAACCCACAGGAAGAGGGCAUCAUCAUCAGUCUCGGGAGCGAACCUCUGGCAUCUGACUCUCAUAAUCAUUGCGUUCCCAUCUACGAGAUACUCUCUGUUCCGGAUGAGGACUACAAGCUCAUAGUCAUGCCCUUGCUACGGAAAUACGCAGAUCCCGAAUGGGACACUAUGGGCGAGGUCGUUAGCUGUAUUCAUCAGGUAUUUGAGGGAUUACAGUUCAUGCACGCCAAUCGCAUUGCUCAUCGUGAUUGCACUGUGGGCAAUAUCAUGCUGGAUCCUAGGGACAUGUAUCCCGAUGGGUUCCAUCCGUCCAGGCCGCGCAGAGCAAGAGACUGGAACGGAGACGCUAAAUUUUACACGAGAACUCAGCGUCCGUCAAGAUAUUAUCUCAUAGACUUUGGCCUAUCGCAGCUGUAUCCUCCGGAGGGCUCCGCGACCGCUAUCCCUUCAUUGGGAGGGGAUAAGACUGUCCCCGAGUUACUGGCCCACCCAGACAGCGAAUAUGAUCCAUUCCCCGUGGACGUGUACUACGUUGGCAACUGGGUUCGUGAAUACAUCAUAAAAGUGGGCAUUCGAAUUCUCCGGGACUACAAGUACCACGGGUUCGAAUUUUUGUCCGGUCUCAUGGAUGAGAUGACGGUCGUCGAUCCGAGCAAACGACCGACCAUGGAUCAUGUCAUGGGUCGGUUAGACGAGAUUGUGAAAUCGACAAGCUCGUGGACACUCCGCUCGCGCGUCGUCGCUCGUGGCGAACGUCCCAUUGUUGGGUUAUAUCGCGCCAUCGGACAUUGGAAACGGCGCGUGGUUUUCAUUGUGACCCGCACCCCGGCCAUUCCUACUCCGGCACCGGCCCCCCCAACUUAUGUACAACGCAGACCAAUCCCGUCGAGCUCAUCAAGCACGAGAAAACCAUCUAUACCGGCCGACUCCGGGGCGGAUUCGGAGGGCAACGCGCCCCCGCCUGAUGCUACGUAGUCCAUGUUUCUGCUUUAGCUCACUCCUUCAAUUGCUGUCGUGCUUUCUCUUUGGAUAUCGCUCGCUGAGAUGCUAUCGUCUGAUACCCAACCGUGGAAAUGAUAAUGUGCUCGUCGUAAUUCCG